UCCGUUUCACAAGUUCAAGACCAACUCUGUCUUCAGUCUACUGGCACACUUCAAAGAAAUUAUUUCGUGCAUCAGCAAAUCUAUUAUCCUCGAGAUCGUCAAGUACCAUCAACGUGCUCCAAGAAACUCAGUGACCACCAGAAAGCUUCGCGCGGUACAAGUUUAGUGAUUCCUAGUCCAAAAGCAAUUUUCAUUUGUGAAAUAUGGAUUGGUCAUUUUAAAGUGAAAAGAAGAAAAAAUACAAAUUAUUUAUCUUCAACGUAUCAAGUGAAUCUUGCUUGUUUUUAUAACUGGAUAAUUUUUUCGCAGACGAAGAUGAAUCUCAGCAGAAAUACGCUCUUCACAAUUUUAACAGCGUUACUACCUAUCUUAAACCUAGUAUUAGCGAAAAUUCCUACCAAAUGUGAAGGCAGUGGCGGCCUUAAAUACUUAUGGGGUGAUGCACUAUCAGACUCACCAAACUGCCUAGGACCAAAUGACGCCCCUUAUCCAACCGCAGCCAUCGAAAGGUCGUUUAGGGGCUCAAACCUCUGGACCGGAAAUUCCAGGACGGGAAGAUCCAGAAAAACGAUAGAUCCGUUCAUUACGCAAAAAGCACUGCUGGCCGCUCACAAGUACAACUUCGACGACAUAAAUUCGCCGUCAAUUUCUAGGACAGCCCGAGCAACCAACAUGUCCCCUGCUAACACAUGCACAGGAACCCCCUCGAGAUUAUGCAAAACUCGAUACAACACCACAGCUCCAAUGUACGGAGUUUCACUGACUUCAGGACAACCAGUAACAAUAGUGCAAAAAUUUCCAGAUUUGCUCCAACAGGUUGUGUUUGAAGUCUGCGAAAGUUCCGAAUGUGACGUCGUUCGAGGCGAAUGCACACAAACUUACGUCCCAUAUUUGUUUUUAGUUAUUCCUUUGGGACCAGUUACUUUGACUGGGCAGGAUUAUGUACUAGUUGAAAGUGGUUGUGUGUGUAGACCAAAAUAUGCUUCUCAAAGUAAUCAGGAAGCUAGUGCAAUGUCCUCUAUACCGAGGCUUUAAGGCUGGGUGAAUAAAUGCGAAAUUAAUCGUUAACGUGCUCAUAUUUUUUUACUUUUUGUAAAAUAUUUAUUAUAUUUAAUUUAUAAGAUUUUUAUAAGUAUUAGAAAUACAAUAUUUUUUAUUUAGA